CUUUUUUUCUUAGACAGCUUUCAAAAAUGUCAAAAAUAAUCAACGAGGAAGAUCUAGUAGAAAUCCGUCAAAAAUCGCCUUUGGCUCAUUUAAAAAUACAAGACGACACAGUAUUAUAUAAGAACCCGUCGAGAUUGGUUUGUCCUGGAUGUAAAAAGCACAUGAAGCAUUAUUGCUAUCAUUGCUAUAACGUAAUGGGUAUGGACCGAUCUCAAGUACCGUUUAUAAAAUUACCAGUAGGGUUAGACAUCAUCAAACAUGAAUUAGAAUCGGACGGCAAAACUACAGCACUUCAUGCCAGAGUGUUGGCUCAUGAAGAUGUCAAAGUAUAUAAUUGGAAUGAUAUGCCAGAGUACAGCCAACCUGAGCGAAUCCUCAUGUUGUUUCCUGGUCCCGAUGCUAAAAAAUUAAGUGAGAUACCUCGAGAUUCAUUUGACCAUAUGAUUGUGAUAGACGGAACAUGGAAGCAAGCCAACAAAAUUGUACGUAAUACACCUUUAUUACAAAGAGUGCAGAAAGUCUCUAUUGAGCCUAGAAAGACCAACUUUUGGAGACAUCAACAAAUUAGCGAGAAUUAUCUUUCGACCAUUGAAGCUGUGUAUUAUUUGUAUGUGGAAUAUGCACAAGCGUAUGAUUUAAAGGAGGGAGAAGUGUACGAUGGUAGAUUUGAUAACCUCAUGUUUUAUUACAAAUACCUCUACGAUUUAAUCCAAUAUACGUAUUUAAAGGGUGAAAAAAAGGAUAAAGAGUUUUGUUGGAGACAUCGUGCUGAUUACAUUAAGGAAAGACAGCCAGAAGAAGAAAGAGAUACAAAUGGAAAGAAAGUGAAAGGGGAAAUUACUGAACAACAAUAAAAAUGU